AACCAUUCAGGCCUGCGGCAGCUUGGGCGCGACAAUGAGAGCUAUGGCGGCAAGGUACAAUCCGGUUUCCCUCUAGUUUCCGUGUAGCCUACCUGCUUUGGCUGCGUCCGUCUUAGCGUCAGAGGAAAGAAGCAUCUCGGAAAGUCUACAAGCAUGGACACAGUCAUAAUUAAUGUCAACGGGCGGAAAUUCGAAUUGUCCACGGACUCAUUUGAAAAGUUUCCGGAAACAUUCGCUAGCCGGCUUGCUGGGAUGGAAUGCGGCUACAAAGGGAAUAAACGACUCUAUUUCAUUGAACGACACUCGGAGAUAUUUCAGUAUGUCUUGUUCUAUUAUCAGUUCGGUGAGCUACAUAUGCCACGAUCCGUGUGUCCUACCUUGUUCAAGAAAGAGCUGGAUUUCUGGGGAGUAGACGUGUCGUCCUUGGAAAAUUGCUGCCUGGAUGUGUACGGCAUGGCUUACGAGAACUUGCGACGUCUCGACGACUUUGAGAAAGACUAUGAGGUUAAGGCGGACGAGCAAAGAUUGCAAAGGUUUCCCUCAAAGUGGAGUCGCUUCCAGAAGACAAUGUGGCAGAUUUUAGAUAAUCCAUUUGCCUCCAAAUGGUCAGAGGUGUUUUACUGGUCCUCCAUCAUGUUUGUCUUCCUGUCAAUAUUUGCUUUGACAGCUGCCACCCACCCGCUGUUUAAGGUGGAAGAUAAGCUUGACAAGGAAGCCGUAUUAUCCGGUCACUUUGGGUGGACUAUCAGCGAGGGCUCUAUCCCAACCGACGAUGACAAAGAGAUCGUCGGAUUUUUCUCACAUACGGACGACUCAAUAAUGACCUUUAGCGGGUCAAUAAACAACAGUUUAGGAAGCGGAAACGGUUCAGAGGACGUAACUACCUAUUUUGGCUCCUCUGCCACCGUUCUGCGCAAAAAGGACGAAAUUGCCCUUCUAGAAUUCAUAUGUUUUAUAUUUUUUACAGUUGAAGUUGUUGCCAAACUGUUGUUUUGCCCACGCUUCCGGGUCUUCUUCAGCUCUGUCUUGAACAUCGUGGACCUGCUGGCCAUAUUCCCGCGCUAUAUUCUACUCACCUUGGAUUACUUCGUCGUGUCCAGGGAUGUGGUCUGGAAAAUGGAGGAGGUGUUUGAAGGUAUCGCUGUGCUGAGGGUGUUCCGUUUAUUACGAUUAGCCAGAAGAGUUCGAGGUCUCCGUGUUCUAAUCUACGCCAUCAAAGCCGGACUGAAGGACGUUCUUCUUAUGGGGCUUAUGCUCUUCAUGGCCACAAUCAUCUUCGCUUCUCUAAUGUACUAUGUGGAUACACGCAAACAGUUCCCGAGUAUUCCUCACGGUUUAUGGUGGGCCAUCGUCACCUUAACUACCGUGGGGUACGGAGAUAUGGUGCCCCAAACAGCUCCAGGUAAACUUUUGGGAAGUUUUUGUGCCAUAACGGGUCUCUUGAUAGUGGCUAUCACGGUGCCAAUCUUCGUUUCCAAAUUUCUCUUAUACUACAAUCAUGUGGCCAGAAAAAACCAAGUAUCGGUAACCCGAUGUAAUAAACGGUAUCCUGUGGGAAUAUAGACCAUCUUUAUGGUAUCGUAGGCCACAGUUUGAUACCAGUUAUACAUGGCGGGUGUGUUAUAGGUCUGGUCUGAUUGGGGACUCAAGGCGUUGUUCUCAAAUGUGCACGCCUCUAUUGACUUUUGUAAAGACACGGGCAUCUUUUUCCGGAAUAUUUUUUUCUACUUGUCAAAAAUGCUAAAACACACAGAUGACAGCAGCAGAAAUAGAAUUGAAGGCUGCAUCUGUAGAGGAAUGUCUGUUGUACAUGUGUAUGGAACAUCAGUCAGCUAAAGCAAUUUGCUCCAGGUCGGUUCAAUGACCUGUUGCUAUUAUCAGAUGUCUAACUCCUGUAACAUCCUUUGUCGACACCCAUCGUUUUCCAUCUUUUCUCGUUUGUCAUUCUGCGAUAGGCUGACUUUUGUGGCUGCUUACAACAAAAUCCCAGGUGGACAUGUUUUGCGCUGACCUAAUAAUUUUGAGCUGCAUGGGUGAGAAUCGAUUUGGAAGCCGGGUGACUCGAGGCGGCCUAAAAGAUUUUCAUGUUAUGAAAAACUCCUGCAUUGUCACAUACAUCUUCACGCUAUGUAAUUUCCGUUUAAAUUCCCUUUCAGACAAUUAUAAGGUUUCCUGAUUUUCACAUUCGCUGAUCCAGAAUGUUGCAUGGUCCGAGCCUGCUUGUGAUUGAAGAUACAAGAACUGAAUUCAAUAACAAUACAUUUCCAUCAUAUGCUUUCUUGACUUCCCUCCAACGUUUUUGUUGAAAUAUGGACGAGGCCUAAUAAUCCCAUACAUUCGAAAGAAAUUAUGAUUUUGCCACAUAUCCUAACCUUGUUAGAGCA